AGCAGCAGCAGCAAUAAUAGCAACAGCAGCAGCAAUCUCCAUACGCGUGAAAAAGUUUUGAGGCAUUUCGAUCGCCUCUAUAAAUAUACGCGGCCGCAUAGGCAAGUACUAUGCGUGCUUAUCGUAAGCCACUCAGAAGUAGACGGAAAAAAGUUAUGCCACUCAGGAGUACAUUACGCGUGCAUCUAGAACGUAUAUAGCCUCCAUGAACAGCUUGAAGUAUUGGUGAUUAUGAAGUUAAAGAGGAAAAUCGGCAUCGUCGGCACCUUGGGAGUGUUGGCCACUAUGGCAUACUUCAGUCUGCUACAUCUUGAAACGACCAUGAUCGUAGAUAUGAGAAGACUGUUCAGGAGCAACCUGACAUUUGCUACAACGUGUCCGAGCAUGCAGGUGCGAGAUGACGUCACGGUGACCUCACGGCGACCCGCCCGCACGUGUGAGGAGGUUCAGCAUGUUGUCUUCGCAAAGACGCACAAGUGUGGUAGCGAUACGUUAGCGAUCGUCUUCAUGAGAUUCGCAGACGAGCGAAACCUGACGAUCAUGCUACCGACGGGUGAAUGGAACCUGAACUGGCCGGGCACGCUCAGAAAGGGCGUCUACCACGAACCCGAAACGCGAUACUUCGACGUGCUCACACUUCACACCGUCUACAACAGAAGCACAAUCGCUCCUUUAUUCCCGCCCGACACGAAACACGUGACCAUCCUGCGCGAGCCGUAUGCGCAGUUCGCGUCGGCGUUCAACUACUUCGGCGUCGGCAACAAGAUGAAAACGACGAAAAACGUGUCGUCGCAGGCGGAAAAAUUUGAACUGUUUCUCAGCGAUCCAGACUCCUACCUAAAGCAACACUACUGGCCGCACCUCCCCAACUUCAUGUCAUUCGACCUUGGCUUCAAGCCGACGACGAAUCACACCGGCGGCGACGCGCGACGCUUCGUGCGCAACGUCGUCGCCGAUUUCGACCUCGUCAUGAUCAUGGAGUACUAUCACGAGUCGCUCGUGCUGCUGCGGCGCCGAUUCUGCUGGCACGUUGCCAGCAUUCUCUUCAUCACGAAGAACAAGAGCUGGCGUCGCGUGUUCGCGAGCGCCGCUGACCGAGAGAGGGCGGAAUCGUUGCGCGCUCUGUACGCCCGCUGGAGUCCCGUUGACAUCGCCCUCUACGCUCACUUCAACGCGUCUCUGUGGGAAAGCAUCGCGAAAGAGAAGUCCUUCGCCGAAGAAGUAUGGUACUUCACCGAGCUCAACCAACGAGUGAGCGUGUACUGCCAGAAAGUGAUCAUGCGACUGAAUCCUCCGCCCGAGGAAUUCAAUGUUCCCGAGUCCCCGUGGGAUGCCGCCUUCAAUGUCACGUCGGCGAUGUGCGCGCGCAUGCGUCGAAACCUGCUCGCUUACAUAGCGAGCGAAAAGGCAAAAGCCGGGCUAAAUAAGCUAGUAGUGCCCACAGGCACUUGA